CAAUCGGGCGGUGGGCCCGGCGCGCGCGGAGCCAGGCGACAUGGAGGCUGGCGCGGCGGCCGGCAGCCCCUGACGCGCCGCUCCAUCCCGGUGGUCGGCGAGGCCGAGCCGGCCGGGGCCCCGCGGCGCGGAGAUGAGCAGGUCGGCGGCGCUCCUGCUCUGCCUGCUGGGCUGCCACGUCUGGAAGGCGGUGACCAAGACGCUGCGGGAGCCGGGUGCCGGGGCUCAAGAGGUUACGCUGAAGGUUCACAUCAGUGACGCCAGCACCCAUCAGCCUGUGCCGGAUGCACUCAUUGAGAUUUUCACCAACCAGGUCUCCAUCGCUUCUGGCAGCUCGGGAACAGAUGGCGUCGCCUUCAUCAAGUUCCAGUAUAAGCUGGGCAGCCAGUUGAUCGUCACCGCCACAAAGCACGCCUACGUGCCAAACUCUGCCCCGUGGAAGCCGAUACGAUUACCAGUGUUUUCUUCCCUGAGCCUUGGCCUGCUUCCGGAACGGUCUGCUACUCUGAUGGUGUAUGAAGAUGUUGUCCAGAUAGUCUCAGGAUUCCAAGGUGCUCGGCCGCAGCCUCGUGUCCAUUUCCAAAGGAGAGCUCUGCGCUUGCCUGAGAACACCAGCUACAGUGACCUGACAGCUUUCCUUACUGCAGCCGGCUCCCCUUCCGAGGUGGACAGUUUCCCGUAUUUGCGAGGAUUAGAUGGAAACGGAACAGGAAACGGCACCAGGUAUGACCUGACCCCAGUCACAGCCCUCAGCGUCCACUUGCUCAGCAGCGAUGGAACACCGGUGUUGGUGGAUGGUCCCAUUUAUGUCACCGUGCCCCUGGCCACACAGAGCAGCCUGAGGCACAAUGCCUAUGUUGCAGCAUGGCGCUUUGACCAGAAGCUGGGAACGUGGCUGAAGAGCGGUCUGGGCCUGGUGCAUCAGGAAGGAAGCCAGCUGACGUGGACAUACAUUGCCCCUCAGUUGGGGUACUGGGUGGCAGCCAUGUCUCCUCCCAACCCAGGUCCCGUUGUCACCCAGGACAUUACCACGUAUCACACGGUGUUUCUUUUGGCCAUUUUAGGAGGAAUGGCUUUCAUACUUUUAGUGCUGCUGUGUCUCCUUUUAUAUUAUUGCAGGCGGAAGUGCUUGAAACCUCGUCAGCACCAUAGGAAACUGCAGCUUCCUGCAGCCCUGGAGAGUUCCAAAAGAGAUCAGUCCACUUCCAUGUCACACAUCAACUUGCUGUUUUCCCGUCGGGAGUCGGAAUUCCCGGGCCCACUCUCUGUCACCAGCCACGGCCGCCCAGACGCCCCAGGCACAAAGGAGCUGAUGAGUGGGGUCCAUUUAGAAAUUAUGUCUUCCAAUGGAGAAGUGGACAUGCACACCCCCAUGCUGAAGCUUUCCUACAGCACCUCCCAAGAAUUCAGUUCUCGGGAGGAACUCCUCUCUCAUAAGGAAGAGGAUAAAAGCCAAAUCUCCUUUGAUAACCUGACACCAAGUGGGACGUUGGGAAAAGACUACCGUAAGUCCGUGGAGAUUUUUCCCUUAAAGUCCAGGAAAUCUAUGGAAAGAGAAGGCUAUGAGUCCCCUGGCCACAGUGACUACAGGAGGAGUUACAAUGCCAUGUUGUCACAGCCUUUAUUCGAGAAGCAAGACAGAGAUGGUCAGGCCUCCGUCAACCAUAUCUCCACAGGAAGUAAGAUCACCAUUCAGGAACACAUGUACCCCGCGCCUUCAUCUCCCGAAAAAGAACAGCUGCUGGACCGCAGACCUACUGAAUGUAUGAUGUCGCGCUCCGUAGACCACCUGGAAAGACCCACGUCUUUUCCGCGGCCCGGCCAGUUGAUCUGCUGUAGCUCCGUGGAUCAGGUCAAUGACAGCGUUUACAGGAAAGUGUUGCCCGCCUUGGUCAUCCCCGCUCAUUAUAUGAAACUCCCCGGGGAGCAGUCCUAUGUGGGCCAGCCCCUGGUCGUCCCCGCAGACCAGCAGCUGGAAAUCGGAAGGCUACAGGCUGAGCUCGCCAGUCCUCACACAGGGAUCUUCCCGCACCCCUCCUCUCAGAUCCAAGCCCAGCCCUUAUCCUGCCAGGCCAUCUCUCAGCAGCAUUUGCAGGAUGCGGGCAGCCGGGAGUGGAGCGCGCAGAACGCGUCCAUGUCGGAGUCUCUGUCCAUCCCAGCUUCCCUGAACGAUGCGGCUUUGGCCCAGAUGAACAGCGAGGUCCAGCUCCUGACGGAAAAGGCUCUGAUGGAACUCGGUGGCGGGAAGCCACUCCCACACCCCCGGGCCUGGUUCGUCUCCCUGGACGGCAGGUCCAACGCCCACGUUAGACAUUCCUACAUUGAUCUCCAAAGAGCUGGAAGGAACGGCAGUAACGAUGCCAGCUUGGACUCGGGCGUGGAUAUGAACGAACCAAAAUCUGCCCGGAAGGGAAGAGGAGAUCCCUUGUCUCUCCCGCAGAACCACCCGCCCGUCCAGGAGCAUCCACAGAAGGAGCUGAGGGCGGCGGACAGCACCACCUACACGCAGCUCGUGUAUCUGGACGACAUGGACCAAAGCGGCAGUGAGUGUGGCACCACCGUCUGCACCCCCGACGACAGUGCCCUGCGAUGCUUGUUGGACAGCUCCAGCCGGAGAAGCGGCGGCCAGCUGCCCAGCCUGCAGGAGGAGACGACCAAACGAACUGCGGACGCCCCCCCAGAGCCCUUAGCCAGCCCCGAUCAGAGAAGACCUGCUCCCGAGGACGACGAUGACGAUGAUGACGACGACCAAGGAGAGGACAAGAAGAGCCCGUGGCAGAAGCGGGAGGAGCGACCCCUGAUGGCGUUUAACAUUAAAUGAGUGACUGCAGAGCCACCCUGCCGUGGAAUCUAACAAAAUUGCCAAAAAGCACUUCCGCGUUUGUGGAAGAAGUUGAACAACGACAGCCAGUGGCCGUGGACGUUUCCUGCGUCACCAUUUGCUGAGAAAGGAAUUACAGACAGGACUCCAAAGAAAGCAUGAUGGUGAUGGGUGCCGCACCGCCAGGGAAGAGGCCGAACGCAGUGUGUCAGCGUCC